UGGAUCUUGUUUUGCAAACUGCACUGCAAAGAGGUUGAAGAGGCUUUGAGGUCAGUGAAUCGCGAGGCAAAUGACGGAACAGCGCAGAUUAGUGAUCAGAAUUGUGCUCUUUUGCAAUGGCGAGCCGAGCUUCAAAGGCGAAUGAGCGCCCAACAGGACCUUCGAGCGGCCAUCCAGAUAUCGAGACGAUCACAUUUCGACCAGGCCGGCACUCUUCGGGAUAUUCAUAAACGUCAGGUGAAUGAAGCUCCGGCAGCUCAUGUACCACCUGCCGACCAUGCACCUCCACCACAAGUGCAUCCUCGACCACAAGCACAUCCUCCCCCGCCUCGUGGCGCCUUGGACUUAAUUGCCAACCCAGAUACUCAGGCCGAAGCCCGCCGGCGAGUGGAUGUUAUGACUACUUCGACAGUGCCUCGUUCUGGUGUCUUACGGGAGUGCAUUGCUUGCUCAGAAAGUCAUCCCGAGUACGAUAUGAUUGAAAAUAGCUGUUCACAUGUCUACUGCCAAGGAUGUGUCAUCCGCCUUCUUCAAAAUUCCCUGGCUGAUGAAAGCUUGUUUCCUCCUCGUUGCUGCCGUCUACCUUUGCCAUUGGAAACUGCGCGUGGUAUAAUCGAUGAUGGCCUGUGGGCGAGAUUUGAAGAGAAGACGAUUGAGCAUGGAGAUCAACAUCAUACUUAUUGCUCGAAUCCGGCUUGCUCUCGGUAUAUUCUGCCGACAUAUGUCUGUGGUGCAAUCGGAACUUGCAGAUUGUGUAACCGACAAACCUGCACCCUCUGCAAGAAGAUCAAUCAUCAAGGAGAAUGCGUUGAUGACCGUGCAGAGGUCCUAGAGCUCGCAAGAGCAGAAGGAUGGCAAAGGUGUUCGAAUUGCAGUCAUCUUGUUGAGCUUCGCAGCGGCUGCAAUCAUAUCACAUGCCGUUGCCGUCAUGAAUUUUGUUAUAUGUGUUCUGCUCCAUGGAAGCAGUGCGAAUGCGCCCAUUGGGAUGAAGCAAGGCUUCAAGAGCGGGCGGAGCUGAUUGCGGCUCGAAACCAGGCCGGUCCUCCUGCAACGCAGGCUGUUGAGCAAGCUGCUCAGUUCUUAAUUGCGCGACACGACUGCUAUCAUGAGGGCACGUGGAAAAAGCUCGGGAUCUCCGCCGAAUGUGAGGAAUGUGGUGAUUUGAUGCCCGAUUUUAUCCUUGAAUGCAGGCAUUGUAGACUCCAAGCCUGCAAGUCCUGUCGGACACAUAGGUUCUAA